GUGGGGGCGGGGCCGUGCAGCAGGUGUGGAGUCCGCCGGGCCGGCUCCCAGUCGGUGAGGCGCGCCGUCCGUCGGUCCGUCCGUGUGUAUGUAGUAAGCCGUGGCCCACCCGGGCUCUGGGCCUCCCGAUGACUGCCUGGGUCAUCCUCCCCGUCAGCCUGGCCGCCUUCUGCAUCGCCGGCAUCUGGAUCGUAUAUGCCAUGGCAGUUAUGAAUCACCAUGUUUGUCCUGUGGAAAACUGGUUGUACAAUGAGACUUGCUCUGGGGAAACUUCAAAGCGUGGCUACCCUAAAAGUUGCUGCACUAUUCAGGAUAUUCCACUCGUCAGUAAAUGUGGUUCAUAUCCUCCUGAAAGCUGCCUCUUCAGUUUAAUUGGUAACGUGGGUGCUUUUAUGGUGAUCUUGAUCUGUGGUCUACGCUAUGGUCAGAUUUUGGAGAAGUGCCGACCAACAUGGAUCAACUCUGGAGCUCUGAUCGCUGGUUGCAUCAACGCAAUUGGUCUUGUAAUGGUCGGCAAUUUCCAAGUUGACCAUGUUAAAAGCCUACAUUAUAUCGGUGCUGGGGUGGCCUUUCCAGCAGGCAUGAUCUUUGUCUGCCUUCAGUGCAUUCUGACGUAUAAGUGGGCAGUGUCGCUUCUAGAUCACUGGACAGGCCACAUCAGGGUUAUUCUCACCAUACUGGCCUUAAUAUCUCUCGUUCUCAGCGGUAUAUUUUUUAUUCACGAGAGUUCCCUGCUCCAACACGCUGCUGCUGUAUGUGAGUGGAUUUUUACUGUUGAUGUCUUGGUUUUCUACGGCACCUUCUCCCUUGAGUUCGGCUCAAUCACCAAAGAAACGGUUCUGGCCAUUCUGAGUAGUGGACGCAGCAAGACCUCUAAAUCCCCGGGCAGCAACGCCUCUGCACACCUGAAUAUUAUCCCAGAGAGCAUCGCUAUGAUUUAACUGCUCUGGUCCUGGGGGUUAUGGUGAUUGUGAAAGCCGGGGCACACUGGAGGACAGCCGGGGCACACUGGAGGACAGCCGGGGCACACUGGAGGACAGCCGGGGCACACUGGAGGACUGGUUCUACUCUUGUCAUCAGUAAUCGAGCUGAGACCCUCUGACACUGUUUUUGCAACAAUUUUGUAUUUUGGUGCAAGUCUGUGAUUUUAUUUAAUACGAGGAGGUGGACAGUGGAACAGCCUCUUCAAAUCGGCACUGUCACAUUAUUGGACAGCUAACUAUUCAUCAAGCUAAACUAAACGGGUCACUCAUUUCACAAAAACAGCAGCCUUGGAAUAAUGGCAAGUGUGACGAAUGAUUGGGACAAGAUGAGGAAUAGCAUCACCGGUCUCGUCACUUAUUUUUAUGGUGUCUAUUCCAUUCUAAUAGAAUAAGGAUCCUGCUCUGUUUCACGAGUAAAUGGUGGAUGAGGUACUGAUUUGAAACUAGUCCCAAGUGAGGGGAUGCUAUGUGCCAUUUUAGAGUUGACACACUUGUCACAUCAUGCUGAUGGGUUUGAACGCAUCUCUUCUGGAUUCAAGCCCAGAUGCCUUUUCUGCCUCAAGAUUCUCAGUUAAUAAUUUCAGUAAAUAAGUGAUCCUUAAAGUUAAGAUGAGUACUUUUGGAUGUACAUUUUAUAGAUUCACUCAGGCCAUUUCAGUUUCUAUGUCUCUGUUUCUUUGUGAUGUGACUUAUUUUUAUUGCUCUUAACAUGGAAAGCAGAUAGUAUGGUUCAAAGUAUGUGAGCCUGUGCAACAUGGAAUUGGCCUUUAUCACUAAUGUACCAUGUGAUUCUUUAAACAAAGUAACUGUGAAUGGGGCUUUGUCAAACUUUAAACUUGUAAGCAGGUUCUUGGAUGUGAAAUGGGUGGAGAAGUCGCCUCAGUGCAAGGCUGGUACUGAUCACACCCAUACACAAUAUAGGGCAAUACACUCCAUCCCAAAACGAAACACGUGGGCAGAGCCUGCGCCAGGCCUCUUCCCUGCAAUAGGUUUGUGUAUCUAUACGGUUCGACUCUCACUCUUCAGGGACACAAUGAAGCCAAAGCUUCAGGGAACAUUCUGCUCCCUGCCAUUCAUCAGGGAAUGGAACGAUGCAGUUUGGAAUAUGGUCCUCUUUUGCUUCUCUGGGGUUAGUUAAUUUUGUAGAAAGGUGAAAGGGAGAGAAAUUUGGCUUUGGGCUUGGCAUGAAACAAACAAUACAAACUGGGAGCUCGAUAACAAUGUAAUACUGGGUGGACAGUAAAAGUUGGCCGGGGAGCGGAUCUGGUUAAUUUGCUCAUGUCUGUGUUACUAUUCCAGACAAAUUAUAACCGAUGAUACACAAAGGCUCUGAAUCAGUCGUCUGGUUGGUGUCUAUUCCAUUCUAAUAGAAUAAAGAUCCUGCUCUGUUUCACGAGGAAAUGGUGGAUGAGGUACUGAUUUGAAACUAGUCCCAAGUGAGGGGAUGCUAUGUGCCAUUGUAGAGUUGAUACACUUGUCACAUCAUGCUGAUGGGUUUGAACUCAUCACUUCUGGAUUCAAGCCCAGAUGCCUUUCUGCCUAAAGAUUCUCGGUCAAUAAUUUAGCUGGCCUGAAUCCUGUUGCUUAGGAAUAGUUCCACUGUACAAAAUCGCCCUCAUGAUGACACUAGUAAAACUUCUCUAAAAUCCGCUUGGAGCCGAUGAAGUGGGAGUGUGGUUCAGGCUGCGUAAGAGAUAUCACCAGUGUUGGGGAAGGGCGGUGCGGAGAAUACAAAUCUCCAGACACAGCAGAACUUGACUUUGUGGCAUUGAUUUUGGAAAAAUGAACACCCUGGUCACAGUCAAGGUAUAAAGCCAGUCCACAUCCGAUGUGUAGCUCUAAUAGCAGCAGAUUACUGUUGGGCUUUUAUCUAUGUCAAUGAAAUAUUUGUGUCUGUUUUAUUGUUCAGUCAGUUACACACUGUUCUGCACACUGGGAGGGUUUUCUUGAAGUUUAUUUACUGGGUUCACAGUAAACAGAGAAUCUCCAGAUCUCUAGAAGGCAGAUCAUGAAAUAUUUUUAGCUGCUUAAUGAAAUAAAGCAGGAAUUAUUCAACCCUCUCACCAAAGGCGCUGUGUCACUUUACAGUGGCUAUGUUGUAGACAUUGUACACCAGCGUUGACUAAUUUCAGCAAACUCCCUUCACCCUUUCACUACACAGUAAGGUCAUUGACUGCCUGGUGCUGUCUUGCUGGAUAUUUAAUAGAAGAUGGAUCUGUGUAUGAAAAAUAAGAAACUCAGGGAAAAAAUACAUAAUUGAACACUACAUUGAUUGAGAUAGGCACAAAGUGCUGGAGUAACUCAGUAGCUCUGAAGAACAUUAGAUAGGAUGUGACCCACACAGUUACUCCAGCACUCUGUGUCACCGUUUGUAAACCAGCAUCUGCAGUUCCUUGUAUCUACUGGGAUGUGGAUGUGGAUUGAGUUUGUCAAGUGAAGUUGGAGCCUUGAUAAGCCAUUAUAUUAUUUUGCUGACACAGCCAUACACUUCCAUUAUUGCUGAAAUAUCCAUUUUGAAACGUUAACUUUGUUGGAGGUUUGAUGUUUCUUAUUGUUGUGGCCUCUAACAAUUAUGUUGCAACAGGAAAGACAGAACCAAUGCUUUCCAUGAAUAUGUUUGUUAUCUAACAAGAGAAUGCUUGCAUUCAUGCACAACAGAGUAUCCCAACAAGGGAGAAAUAUCUGAAGUAUUAAUUAUUUAAUGAAAUCCGAACCAAAUCCAGCUGUCUGCCCUUUUGUAAAUUAUUUGUCUGUUGGAGCUAAUUGUUCUUCCUCUCACUUUCCCUCCAUUUGACAAACACUGUCUUGUUAUGAUGUGUUUCACCCCAGUGACUUACUCCUCAUGCAAGGCUGCAUGACGCAAGGAAGCAGGUUUGCGGAGAGGUCUAGGGGACAGUCCAGUCACAAGCCCACUCCAAAACAGGAACCAGAGAAGCGGGGCAGUGCCUUUAGAGACACAGCCAUCUAAGGGUAGAGGACUAGUAAUCUAGAGGCCUGGACUGAUGAUCUGGAGUGCAACAACAAAUCCUGCCAUGGUGGCUAGUGAGUCCUAAUAAUGUUUACCAAGUAAAUAAAUCAACUUCUGGAUUAUUGUUAAAAAUAUAUUUGGUGGUUGGUGACCAUCAAGGAGAGAUAUCUGUUGUACUUAGUCUGGUCAUUAUGGAAUUUCUAUAUCCAUAACAAUGGAAGUGAUUUAUUUAUAUUUUUUUAAUGGCCCUGCAGUCUUCUCAGUUCAAGAGCAAUUAUGUUAGGACAAACUUUGUCCUUGUUAGUAAUGUCUGAAUUCCAUGAAUUUAAAAAAAAUCACCAGCUAACAUUAACUGAAAACAGAACUGGCAUAUUCAGUCUCUGUGGUUUCAUUUAUUUACAAGGAUGUUGGGGGCAAAAGCUGUAGUGGACUAAUAGGUUUUACAAAGUAUACUUUAAAUAAUGAAUAUGAAAUUCAAAUUGGUUCAAGUAGCUGCAAGUUUCAUUUAGCUGCAGGACAGCAACAUAAAAUAAAGGAGUGAAGUUACUGACUAGAAAUAUAAAUGUAAUCAGUUACUGGAUGAAUUUGCUUUAAACAGCUGCCUGGCCAUUUUUUGUUCAAGAAUUAUUAAGUAAAAUUGAUUUAACAUAUACAUGAGAACUGAAAUGUUCUGACUACUUCAAAGCCUUCUGUGCACCAGUCAUCACCAACCUUCGAUAUGCAAACAGCUAAGAAUUAUGUGUACCUUGGCUUUUUGUGUUUUCUAAUUUAUUAUAAAUGGGGAGAUGUGUCUCCUGUCAGAUUUUGAAUGAAUAUUUUUAUGUCCGUGUGUCAUUGUGCUUAAAGAAGAUUUGUAUUUGUAUUGCGAUUUGCACUGCCGGUAAUAUUCUUGCAAAGAGCCACAAAUUUAAAUUAUGUAUCAGGAAGUUUUAAUUUUUUUUAAAUAAAUGUAUUUUCAAA